AUGCCUUUCACUCUCUUGUCUCCCAGCACCAGUUACCGAUGGGUCUUCACGACCAUCGAAUUCCUCUUCACCGUCAGCAUCAGCACCUUGAGCGGGAACAACAAUUGGCGCGAUGCUGAGGGAGAAGGCGAUCGCAAGGGCACCAAGAACAGACACCACCAAGCAGAGGUGCGCAUUCUUCAGAGUGAGUUUGUCCUGACCGCUCUGCUCUUCGUCAUGACUAUUCCUUGA